GUGGCAGCCAUGGCAACGAAGCACCACCCCAACCUGGUGCGUCUACUGGGGUACUGCGUGGACAUGAACCCAGCAGCGCAGGGUAGGGGAGACAUGAGCAUGGAGCAGAUCGUGGUGUACGAGUUCAUGGCCCACGGAGACCUCGAGCACUGGGUGGGGGAGGCGGCGCCACAGCCGCUGCCAAUAGCGCAGCGCCUGUCGGUGCUUAUCGGUGCAGCCCAUGGGAUAGAGUAUCUGCACAGCUUUGGCAUCGUGCAUCGGGAUAUCAAGCCCGCCAACAUCCUGCUCGAUGACAAGUUCGAGGCCAAGAUUGCUGACUUUGGAUUGCUGAGGGAGGGAGAGGGCACCACUGUGUGCGCCACCAGAGUGAUGGGCACACCGGGCUAUGUGGACCCUGCUUACUUCAAGUCCAGCAAGGCCACCCCCAUGGCUGAUGUAUACAGCUUCGGUGUGGUGAUGCUGAUGGUGCUAUCGGCACGACCAGCAGUCAUCACAGACGGCACUGACUCCCAGCUCAACAUUCGCAAAUGGGCGGAGGACCUAAUAAAAGCAGGCAGAGCAGACCAGCUCAAGGACCCCCGACUGGACGCUCCCACAGAUUUGAUUCUGCGGAUGGCACAGCUGGCGCUGCACUGCACGGCCAUGCCGACCGUAUCUCGUCCCGACAUGAUCCAGGUGGUAUCUGAGCUCACGGCACUCAGGAAGGCGUUUUGGGGGGAGGUAGCACCUAAGAUGGCUGUGAGGAUAGAUGAGGAGGUGGAGGAGCAGAGGGGUGGGUGCUUUGAAGAUGAAAUAGCUGCUGUAGAGCGCAUGAUGAUGGACACGAGUACUGGUAUCAGCGCCAUGAAGUGA